CGGCGCUGCGGCUGGCGCGUUCCUCCAGAGGCGAGUUCCGGUGAGUAUCAAAUGUCUGCCUGUGUUCCUGCUCAUCGAUGAAUUUCGUCGAUAAUCUGCACAAAUGGACUAGUAGGAUGGAUCUGGUGAGUGUUCGGAGUUCGUGAGCAGUAAACUGCCGCAGGCUCUGAGAAACAGUAAAGUGCCCGAGUCUCGGUGCUCCACCAGCGGCGCGCACCCGCCCGCGGCCCCGCAACCGCGCACCGGGAGACCGGGAGUCCGAGUCAAGGAGGAGGACGAGAGUGUGGAGGAUUUCUUUCAUUUCGCUCAGCACCUGCAGCAGCAGACAGGAGAGUGCCUGACGGCGUGCUGCGGAGCGUCUGACCCCAAGAGCCUGCUGACGGAGCCCCAGGCGAGCGCGCGCCCCUCAGCGGACCGGCCGUACCACUGCCAGGACUGCGGGAAGUACUUCCGCAUCAACGACAUCAAGCGGCACCAGCGCAUCCACAGCGGAGAGCGGCCCUUCCCCUGCUUCCAGUGCGGGAAGAACUUCCCCACGUCCGGGGACCUGAAGAGGCACGAGCGCAUCCACACGGGCGAGCGGCCGUACGCCUGCCUGCAGUGCGGCAAGAGCUUCUCUGACUCCGGCCACCUGAAGCAGCACGAGAGGAUGCACAGCGGCGAGCGCCCGUACCAGUGCCCGCAGUGCGCCAAGCGCUUCUACCGCUCCGGAGACCUGAAGCGGCACCUGCGCAUCCACAGCGGCGAGCGGCCCUACAAGUGUCUGCAGUGCGAGAAGAGCUUCUCCGACUCGGGGCACCUGCGCGGGCACCAGCGCAUCCACACCGGCGAGCGCCCGCACCGCUGCACCCUCUGCCAGAAGAGCUUCUUCCGCUCCGGGGACCUGAAGCGGCACCACCGCACGCACACCGGGGAGCGCCCGUACCAGUGCUUCCAGUGCGGGAAGAGCUUCUCGGAGUCCGGACACCUGAAGGAGCACCGGCGCAUCCACACCGGGGAGAAGCCGUACCGCUGCAGCCACUGCGACAAGAGCUUCUCCCGGCUGGAGCGGCUGAAGGGCCACCAGAGCAUCCACACCGGCGAGCGGCCCUUCCACUGCGCACACUGCGGGAAAAACUUCUUCCGCUCCGGAGAGCUGAAGCGGCACCAGCGCAUACACAGCGGCGAGCGGGCGUAAAGGGUGUGUGCGUGUGUGUUUUUAUAUCCUAGUGGGGACUUGAGCCUGAAUGCCACAGAGCGUUAGACUGAGCUGAUCCUGCUCCGGGGUCCGGCAGAUGAGGGGCCGUGCGGGUCGGUAGGGUUAGUUUAGGGCAGCGGUUCUGAUCUCCUGUCCUGCACACUUUGCUUGUCUCUCGUAUUUGUCACACAGGGCUCAGCUCAUAUAUCUGUGAAGGAGCUGAUGAUCUGAGCCCGCUGUGUUCAGGAAGGAGGACAGACAGAAUGUGCUGGACGGUCCGAGCGGAACCACUGCUGCAGGGGAGAGGCGAGAGGCCACAGUCUGUACAGCACAAACACCAGCGCGAGUCCCCACCACGAUACAGGAACACGUGUGUGUGUGUGUGUGUGUGUGUGUGUGUGUGUGUGUGUGUGUGUGUGUGUGUGUGUGUGUUCUCAUACACUAAUAUAAACUCUUCUCUGUGUUGUUGAUCUCUCCACAUUUAUUGUUUCAGAUAGUCAUGAUGAUGAGUGUGUGUGUGUGUAACCUGUAAUCUUCACGUGCACGAGUGUUUUCUUCAUCUGUGUGUGUAAUAAACACCUCUCGCGCACACACACGAACACUUUCACCAAUAGCUCGCACAGAUUCAGCUCAUCAUCACCGCAUUAGUGUGUGUGGGCUGUAGUGCAGUGUGUUAGCGCGUGACCCUUUUUAAAGCGUGUUUUGUAUUCGUGUCUUUAAAGUGUUUAACAUGUCGAAGUAAACAUUCUAAACCA